AUGGGCAAAGGGGACUUUGGAAUGAUACCGGUACAUCCUCAAGUCCUCGCUCAACAUGGCCAUGUGCAAUCGUCCAUAGGGCCCGCGAAUCACGGCCAGCCUAGCAGGGUGUCCACUGCCAAGUUUCAUCGCAUUCAUGCCAAGAUUUCUGGCAUCAACGGUUUCCUGCUGCUCUCCUUGGCACUGCGAUGGACGACACCCUGCCACCAGGAUCCUUCUAGCUCUGACGGGCCACUGCGGGUCUCAAAUGCUCUUCGGCGGCACCGAGUGACUUGCCGUCACCAGGAGAGUGGCCCGUUUGUUAAAUUACAGCGCGCCUUCAGGGCUGGCUGGCCCGGCACUCAGGUUCCCAACAAGCUCGCUCCUUGUCAUGACCUAAUGCAACUAUUCCAGUACGACGUCACCCGUGCAAUGUGUAGCGCACCAUCGGCUGAAUUUGGUCGUUGCUAG